AACAGAUAAGCUGAGUCUGCCUUUUAGAAAGGGGCAGGAGUCACAGUCCUGAACAGGCAGCCACUUAUUUCGUUCUGUUGGGCUGACAAGUAAUCCAGCUGCACAUUUCUACCCACUCCCUCCUGUGCAUUUUUUCAGCAGUUUGAAGCUAGAGUUUGAGAGGAAGCAACUUAUAGCGCUGAGAAGUGAAAGCACAAGAGGACAGCUCUAGAAAAACGUCAACAAGCAGCCAUGAAGGACAAAGUGAGGAGAGGAGGAGGAGGAGGAGGAGGAGGAGGAAAUCAGGCCAAGUCUGAUGUAACUAACUUGGCUAAUGGAAAGGAUGCCACUGGUGUUAAGCAAGAUGAGGACACAUUGUUCUCUGUGAAGAUCCAGGGAGCAGGAGUAGAGCCUUUUGAGCUGCAGGUCCACAGAUUUUGGCGCGUUCAAGAUGCAGUAAUGACAAUGCUUUCAAGGGAUGAGGUGUGUCCACGCUCCAACCUGUCACUGGCACUAGCCGGUACAACUCUGGAUCCCCUGGCAGAACUGCACAGCCUCAAGGGCCUCAAACCAGGAGCCAUCAUUCGCCUGGUGGAGGAGCCUUACACUGCGCGCUCAGCCAGGCUCCAUCUGGCUCGAGUCCUGGAACUGCUGAGAGCAUCUGGACCUCAGGAUGCACUCAGAGAAGGACGCUCACCAAGUGUACUGGAGACACUCAUGCAUACACAAACACCAGAAUCCAGCUUACCAAACGGAAAGAGCCUGAAGCGCUCUUCAAGCAACACAAAAACAGAAUCAACCAACCAGGAUGCAGCUCCUCCUGAAUACCUCCUCCCUGGUUCCUCAGAAAGGCCACUCAUGGCCCUGCUACCACAUAGCUCCCAGCCAGAGGCCCCCAGUUACCUGCGAGACUUGUCCCUCAGCUGUUGGAACCCACCACCAGGGCACAGGAAGCUGCAAGGAGACUUCAUGUACAUCACUGUGGCGACAAUGGAGGGACGAUGUUAUGACAUUACAUCCUGUCCAAAAGGUUUCUUUGUCAACAGGUCUACAGAAGAUGCGUUUGACCCUCGUCCAACACAGUCUUCUCCAGUUUGUCACUGUAUCACUGACCUGCUCUGUCACAUCAGCCCUGCCUUCAAGCAAACCUUUACCACACUUAAAAACAGACCUCAGCUGCCACCAGUAGAGGUGCUGCCUACUCCUUACCACACACUGAGCUGGCUCGGGCCUCCAUGUGCCUCUCGCAUUCACAAAAAUACCUUCAGCAGACUGGGGAUUGAUGAACAGGCUUCAACACGGGUUCCAGACUGGAAUGAGGAAUUGCAAACAGCCAGAGAUCUUCCACAAGGAUGUCUGGAGGAGAGGCUGCACAGAGACAGAGCUCUGCUCCAGGUAAACAGUGCGUUUGUGAGGGCUGUCAUGCAGGGGGCAGAGACUGUUGUAGAUGGCUUUGUUGAGCCAGUAAAUGGAAACCCAGAGGACCCUGCUUUUCUGUGGGGUGGCCUGUUCAUGAGCCAGGGGGUAGCAAGCCCUGUGUUUGGUGGGGAAAGAGGUUGUAGGGCUGCUCAGAGGCUGGAGCUUCAAGGAGUACAAGCCUACAGCAACCUCGAGGGGAUGGAGCAGCUGCACACUCUACCUACAGCCAUUGUAGACUACAGAGGGGUGCGCCUGUCUGCCCAGGGUCUAGCCCCUGGUUUGGAGGGCUCUGACCAAGACCAGGGAACUACUCCUGGUUCAAGAGGCUUGCUGUAUGGGGUAAAUGCAGGUCCCCAAGAGUCCCCCCAACGCAGAGAACUACUAGAACUCUUGGCUCGGUCUGCAAAAUCUCUUUGUCUCCAGAGACAUGUUGUUUUGUCACCUAAAGGUCACCAGGUCCCCCUGUUCACCUCAGUGGAAUCUCAGGGAGUGUUGGGAGCUGAUGGGAGGUUGUAUAUACUGGAUGUGUUCAGGACCUUCCCAGCUGAUGCUAACUUCUCUCCGGAGGUGGAGGCAGAAAGUCAGACAGUCACAGCAGAGGAGAGUAAUAAAAGCUGUGAAGGAGAGGAAGAGAAGAAGGUUUGCGUAAAAGAAGGGUGGCCAGAGAAUUAUCACGCAGACACUGGGCUUCCAAAGAGCUAUCGUCACAGCCUCUGUAGACUGAGGCCAGAGCUUGUGCGGGACUUCAUCCAGCACAAACAUUGCCAGUUCAGUCAGCGUGUCAAGGAGUCACUGGAAGACAAUGGAGGCUUUGAGGAAUGUGCCACAGCUUGUGACUCUCGAGCUGCUAAUGCAGUACGAGCUGCUUGUGAAGAUGUAGGAUCACUUAGCAACAUCAUCUUUGAGAUGCGCUUUAACCCAAACAUUUUUUCACCAGGGGUGUCAUUCCCUCCUGGGGAAAGUGAAUCAACUAAGCUACAGCAGAGGUUACUGAGGGAAGCUGCAGCUUUCAUCAUAACACACCAGAUAUCAGCCUUUGUUGAGUAUUGCCUGCAAAGCAGUGAGGCACCAAUGGAUGGAGCUUCUCUAAAACAGGAACUACACCAGAGAGGCAUCAACCUUCGGUAUCUAGGUCAUGUGAUCAAGGCCAUCAGGCAGUCAGAACACAAAGAGUGCCUGAGGCAUAUAAUGAGAUUGCUCAUUGGUGAAAUUUUCAUUCGCUCAACAAGAAGAGUGUUCAGCAGUUUCCUCCAGGGUGUGGAUGUGCCUAGUCUUUCUGCAGCUGUAAGUCACUUCCUCUGCUGCCUAUUGGUUGCCCACUUCAUACCCACUCCUGUGGGGGAGGAGACUAAGAAGAAGUCAAGGCGGCGUGGCCGCGGGGCUGGUGCCUCUGAAAGCACACCCUGGAGCACACUCACGGGGGCUGAGCUGUGGAACCUGGUCUGUCAGGACGCUGAUGAAACAUAUAACAUCUCUGACUGUCUUGGCUCAGGCCCCAACCACCUGGUAGAGCACUAUGGCCUUCAGAAGCUCUCUCUGCUCAGAGAGUUCUGUUUAAAGACCGGUGUACAGUUGAGGCUGAGAGACUAUUUCCUCGACAACCAAAAUAAAGCUCCCAUUGGUCCAGAUGACAUCCUCAACUUUUUCCCUCUUGUGAAGCACAUUCACAUGCCAACUGUAGAUGCUUUAAAAGCAUAUCAUGCUGCAGAGAACUCCAUUCAGAAAGGUCUGAUGGAUCAGGCCCAUGAACACCUAAAAGAAGCAGCCUACUUGUUUGGCCAUGUGUGUGAUAACCUGCACCCUGAGGCCUGUUAUUGCCACAGCCUUUUGGCCAGGGUCGCGUACCUGCAGGGGAAGACAGCCGAGGCUCGUAGUGUCAAGCUGAAAGCAGUGGUCAUCAGUGAGAGAGUGCUGGGCUUUGACCAUCCAAACACUAUCCAGCAAUAUGUCCUCUUGGGUGUGUAUGUGUAUGCUGGAGGAGAGACUGCUCUGGCUCAGAAGUGUCUCCUCAGAGCUCGCCUGCUAAUACUAACAGUCCAUGGAGAAGACCAUCCAUACGUCGCUACAGUGGAUAGCUGUCUUGGGUUGGUGCUGACAGGAGACCAGACAGGGCAGUUCUUAAAGAAUGCCCUCAGACUCAACAAUUCCUUCUUCGGACCCACAGCUUUGUGUACUGCUCUCAGUCAGCGGCUGCUGGCCCAGUGGAUGUGCAGUAAGGGUGACUACAGAAAUGCUAUGACCCAUGCGAAAGAGGCCUUCACUGCUUUUACCUCUUUGUUUGGAGAUGAUCACCCACAGACACAGUGCAGCAAAGAGUUUCUGUGUACCAUUACCAAACAAGCAGUACAGGUGGAACGCUCCCUAAGACAGGCAGGAGCUGACUGCGCAGAGCCGACAGUGGAGUGUCUGACUCCCACGACUGAUACCAUUUUGGAGCAGAUGGUUCUGGUGACAGGGAUCAGGAGGCUUACUGUCACUGACAUGUUCCAGGAGUUUAAAAAGAAACACCUGGAACGAAAGGCAGCGGCAGCAAAAGAACUGGGAAUCUACUUAACUAACAAUCCCAUUGCCUCUGAGAAUGUCAACUCAGCUCAAGAAACAGGAUGCGGGAAGGAAACUGAGGAUGGAGGAAGCCCAGCAGUGGGGAAUAAUAACAGCAUGAGCCAACAGAAGCAGCCAGUGGAAGAGGUGUCAGUGGAGAGCGCUGCCGUAGUCUCUGCUAAUGGUCUUGUGGUGCAGCCAGGCAAACAAAACCAGCAUGAGGAGAAAACAGAACCAGACAUAGGAGACAGUGAGACAGUGAAAGAGGAAUCAGAGGUCAGGGUUGCAGCAGAGGAAACCAAGACCAAUGUGCAAAAUGGAGUAAAGAGCAGCACAGCCAAUGGGGAGAUGAAAUCUGAGGCAACAUGUGGUGAAAUGAAGUCAGAUCAGAAAAAUGAUAAAAUAAAUGGAUCAGUCCUUAAGAGUAAAGGGACCUGGGCAGAUGUUGUUUCAAAAGCUUUAAUAGCAAAUGGAACAGAAGACAAGGACACAGCAGUCAACGGAGUAACAGAUAAUGUCACUGCCAGCGGAACAGCUGAAGUGUGAACCUAUAUCAAAUGAGAAAACAGUGUUAUAGUCUAGUUGUCCAAAGUCACUGCUGUAGGAUAAAAAUCUCCCAGGAUCUUAUGUGUAAUCUGAACCAAAGAACAUAAAGCAGAGAGUAAGAUACUUUAAAAGAGGGAUGAGAGUAUUACCUUGUGCUGGAGUUGUUACUACUGAUGCUGGGAGAAGGCUGUGCUAUUGAGUGUUAUUUUUUCCUUUUUUUCCAGCAAAACUUUUUACUCUGGUGUACUAAACAUGCCUUCACCUCUUUAACAGCAAUCUUGUUUUUGUCACAGUUGGACACAAUAAGUACACUUGUAAACAUGGUGUAUGACAGUAUGAAUCUAUUACUCACCA